UUCUUUUCACUAUACGUGUUGAGAGAACUGGGCGUCCAUUGUGAAAAAAGUGAAUUUAAUAUACAAGUGUUUUAGUUAAUUUGUCAAAAAAGCUUAUCGGUACAAUGGCUGAUAUUAAUGAUUCUAAUGGCAACUAUGAUGACAACGAUGAGCAGAUUUCAGAGCCAGAGCAGCUGCGCAAGCUAUUCAUUGGUGGUUUGGAUUACCGCACUACUGAUGAGGGCUUGAAGGCGCAUUUCGAGAAAUGGGGCAACAUUGUCGAUGUGGUGGUCAUGAAGGAUCCCAAGACUAAGCGCUCCCGCGGCUUCGGAUUUAUCACAUAUUCACAAUCUUAUAUGAUUGACAAUGCACAGAAUGCGCGUCCGCACAAGAUCGAUGGACGCACAGUGGAGCCAAAGCGCGCGGUUCCCCGACAGGAAAUCGAUGCCCCAAAUGCCGGCGCUACUGUCAAGAAACUGUUUGUUGGCGGUCUGCGGGACGAUCAUGAUGAAGAGUGCUUGCGUGAAUAUUUCAAGGACUUUGGCGUAAUUGUUGGCAUUAAUAUUGUGUCCGAUAAGGACACUGGCAAGAAACGCGGCUUUGCGUUCAUCGAGUUUGAUGACUAUGAUCCAGUGGACAAAAUCAUUCUGCAGAAGACACACAAUAUUAAGAACAAGACGCUCGACGUGAAAAAAGCAAUUGCCAAGCAGGAUAUGGACCGUCAAGGAGGCGGUGGCGGCGGCGGUGGUGGUGGUGCUGGUGGACCCGGCAACAGACCUACUCGUGGAAUGGGUGGACGAGGUGGCGAUCGCGGCGGUAAUCAAGGCGGCGGCUGGGGUGGAAAUCGUGGAGGUGGCGGUGGCAAUUGGAGCGCGGGCGGCGGCAAUUUUGGCAACAAUGGCAACUUCGGUGGCAAUAGUGGAGGCGGCGGCGGUGGUGGCGGCUGGAACCAACCUGCCGGCGGUCCUUGGAAUAGUCAGGGCGGUAACCAAGGCUGGAACAAUGGCGGAGGCGGUGGUGGAGGCAACACCAACGGCAAUUGGGGAGGAAACAAUAACGGCGGCGGCUUUGGCAGCGACUAUCAGCAGCAGGCAUAUGGAGGCGGUCCACAACGCAAUACAAACUUUGGUAGCAAUCGUCCAGCGCCCUAUAAUCAAGGUGGCUUCAACAAAAACAAUGGCCAAGCGGGCGGCGGCGGUGGGGGCGGACAGGGCGCCUUUGGUGGGGGCAACAACUACAAUACCAGCCAAGGCAACAUGGGUGGCAAUAGACGUUACUAAACACACAACACACAAGGUAAACACAUACAGAAUCAGGUCAAGCUAGACAAGCACAAGCAAGCAAGUCUAGGCAGAGACAGAGGCAAGAGCAGAAGAGCAGAGAUACAGGCAGGCAAUCAAUGACAGUGAGAAACAGAAGCUGAGGCAGUGUCACAGGCAGUGAAAUGUAUGGGCGAGUCAGGCAGACAAGAUAUAAUAAGCUUAAGAAUCCAUAAAAAACAAAAGCAGCUAAGAAUGCAGGCAAUCGCGACAUGUGUUUCUCUCUGUUUGUGUGUGUGUGCGUGUAUGUGCCCAGCCAAAGCGACUAACUUUAUAACAAAUCCAACAAACAAACAAACAAAGAAAACAAAAAACAACAGAAAAAUUUAUGUUUAAUAAGAACUCUAGAAGCGCAACUCACUUGCAAACAAAAGCAACCAAACACUAAAACAAUUUAACUGCUAAUGUCUUUUGUCUCAAUUCAAUACAAAACCAAUAUUUAAUUUUUAAUAACCAUUCGUGUGUGUUUAGGAUGUUAAGAAACUUGAACGCUUAGUUUUAACUAAAUUUACAUAAAGAGAAACAAAAAAAACUAUCAAUUUACGAGUACUACAUUCAAUAUAUGCUAAAUUUAUAAAAUAAUUUUAUUUAAUUUUUGAAGCACCACAGCAAAUGCAAUUAGAGUUCUGCUCUAUUGCCUCAUGUUUGUUAAUGUAUGUCUAAUGCAAUGAAAAACAAAAGGUAGAGUAGUCAUUAUUGCGCUCACCACUUUCCACAAUAUAUAUAUAUAUAUAACUGUAUAGCGUAAAUCAGCAGCCGAUUUUUGAGUAAACGAAUUAUGUAAAGCUCUUUUUUAACUUUAAGUGUACUUUUUGUUUUAUAUUGCCCAACAUGUGUCAAGUCUCGAUUGAUGCGUUUAUGUUUAUACAACAAAAAUAUUUAAAAAGAAUAACAAAUCUAUAAUUUUGCAGUGCA